AUAUAUAUAAGUAUUUAUAUUAUCAUUAUGAACAUUCGAUAAAAGUCUCAAUAAUGCAGCACAGCACGCCACAUAAAUUGAAUUUUCUUACAAAUUCAGCCCAAUGAUUUUUAUUAAUGCCCUUAAUCAAAUGGAAUAAGGGAUGUACAAAAUUUAGCUGGCAUUCAUGGAAAACCGUACCAAUUUUAAUUGUUACUUUAUUUUCUUUAGCAAAAGACUUUGAUAAUGUUUAUAGAUAUAGCGAGAAAAUGGCCAAAUUUGAUGAGAAAAUGGGACGACUUGGAUUUACUCAUGAAAAAUUAUCCAAUAGCUGAAAAUUAUUUAUUUAAAAUGAAAAUGGUAGCUGUAGUAUUGUUUAUUUUAUCUUUGAGCGAACACAUAUUUUUUACAGCAACCUUGGAAGUUUUCAGGCACGGCUUACCUUUUACCGAAGAGUUAAGUUUAUACUUCAAUACAAUUUUUAAAUUUGUUUUCAUGGUGUUGCCUUAUAACAUUUAUUUAGGAUUAUUCCUUCAAAUAUUGAAUUGGUUAUGGACAAUUGUGUGGAAUUACGUGGAUGUUUUUCUAAUAUCUCUGUUUAUUUCUUUUGCCUUUAGGCAAAAGCAAAUUGAGAAAAGGGUGGCUACGUUAAUUCAUAAUAGAAUCCAAGGGGAAAUUCACUGGAAAGAAACCAGAGAACAUUUCGUUAAGCUCACAGACCUUUGUAACGAAUUGGAAAAUUGUAUUUCUCCUUUAGUCCUGGUGUCUUUUGCUAAUAAACUGUUUGUCGUACUUUAUCAGCUCAUGUGCAUUUUAAGUGGUGAACUGGCUUCUAAUGAAAAUAAUAGCACAAAUAUCAUACUAAAUCGACUAUACUAUACUUUUUCUUUUGUUUAUAUUUUGUUGAGAUUGGCGGGAGUUAUUUUCUUUGCAUCAGUAAUUGAUGUUAAAAAUCAAGAGAUUGUUUGCAAUUUGUUCAGUGUGUCUAGUGAAAUGUACAAUACAGAGAUUGAGAGAUUUAUAACGAGUAUACAAGUCUCGCCGCCUAUUAUAAGCGGUGCAAAGUUAUUUGAAAUUAAAAAGUCUUUACUUUUAAAGAUAGCAUCAUCGAUUAUAGUUUAUGAAUUGGUUAUAAUGAAGUUUAAAAGUUACUAG